UUUUCGGCUCAGGCAUUCGAUUCAGAGCCCGCUAGCAGGUAGCUGCAGGUCGCCAUGUCGCACCGAAAGUUUGAGCGCCCCCGCCACGGCUCCCUGGGCUUUCUGCCCCGGAAGCGCACCAGGCAUCACCACGGCAAGAUCAAGAGCUUCCCCAAGGAUGAUCCUGCAAAGAAGCCGCACUUCACGGCAUUCAUGAGCUACAAGGCUGGCAUGACGCACAUUGUCCGGGACAUAGAUAGGCCAGGCUCGAAGCUGCACAAGAAGGAGAUUGUCGAGCCUGUGAGCAUCUUGGAGAGCCCGCCAAUGGUCGUGGUGGGAUUCGUGGGCUAUGUGGAGACUCCACGCGGGCUGCGAGCCUUGACCUCCGUUUGGGCGGGUCAUUUGUCCGAGGAGUGCAAGAGGCGCUUCUACAAGACGUGGACAGGCCGCAAGCACAAGGCCUUCACGAAGUACGAGAAGCGCUGGAGCGAAGCCAGCAAGGAAGGCAAGGAGAACCCUAUGACCGCUGAGGUGGAGCGUGCGAAGAAGUACUGCCAGGUCAUCCGAGCAAUUUGUCACACCCAGGUCAAAAAGGUAAGGAUUGGCCAGAAGAAGGCCCACAUCAAGGAGAUCCAGGUGAACGGUGGAUCGACCGCUGACAAGGUGGACUUUGUCAUGGGCCUGUUCGAGCAGGAGGUGAAGGUUGACAGCGUCUUCGCUCAGGACGAGGUGGUGGAUGUCAUUGGUACCACCAAGGGAAAGGGCUUCAACGGUGUGGUGACACGAUGGGGAGUCACGCGCUUGGUGCGUAAGUCCCACCGCGGCCUUCGAAAGGUGGCGUGCAUUGGCUCCUGGCACCCGGCGCGAGUUUCCUUCCAGGUGCCUCGCUCCGGUCAGCGAGGAUACCACCACCGAACCGAGAUCAACAAGAAGAUCUACCGCGUCGGCAAGGCGCUGAAGGACGAUCCCGCGAACGCAAGGACUGACAACGAUCUCACGGAAAAGGCCAUCACGCCCAUGGGCGGUUUCUCGCACUUUGGAGAGGUCAGGGAGGACUGGCUGAUGCUGAAGGGCACAGUCAUGGGACCCCGUAAGCGCUUGAUCACCUUGCGGAAGUCGCUCUUGCCGCAGGUCAGCCGCAAGGCCUUGGAGAAGGUCACCCUGAAGUUCAUCGACACCUCCUCCAAGUUCGGCCAUGGCCGUUUCCAGACCAGCGAGGAGAAGGCCAAGUUCUACGGAGCUGCUCUGAAGAAGGCCAAGACGGAAGCCAAGCCCGAGGCGGAGCCCUAAAUGGACAUUGUGGAUGGACAGCGACAUUGGCCAGCGGAUCUGAUGGAAAA